UAUUUAUCCUGCAGCAUUGGUUGAGCACGCAGGCACCGGACAGGGAGGACGUCAAAUGUGUGAACUGUGGACUGAAGGCCUUGCGAUGCAUUUUUUGGGCCGAUGACGACCAGUCGACCUAGUGACGUCAUCAACAGCGGGGCUCGGUGACGGUGCACCGCACCUUCAGUGUCUCCUGGAGCGGCCGCGCGCCAUGGCGGGGCUGCGCUGGUGCCUGGUGGUACUCCUAGCGCUUCUGACAGCGCUGGCGUCACUCGGUGAUGAGGUGCCCGGGGAGGGCGCGGCCACAGACCACGAGGGGCACGCCAACUGCCAACCUGGUGUCGGCCAGAGAGUGCAGGUCGAGUUCGCCUCCAGCGUCGUGGAGCAUGAGUACAUUGUGGGCUUCAACAACUACUACACGAAGGAGGCGCGGCGCAACUUCAUCACGGCGGCGCUGAACCACUCGGGCGUGGUCCAGUGGAAGAUCCUGCCGCGCGACAACCCGGCCAAACACCUGCCCAGCGACUUCGACGUGCUCGAGAUCCGAGAGUCUGACCCGGGCACCGGUCUGGCGGCGCUGGAGCGUCAUCCCAACGUGCGCCGGGUCACCCGGCAGCGUCUGGUCGUGCGGACGCUGAAGUUCGUCAGCGUCAACGAGACUGAGCUGGCGAGUGAGGACGCGCCGGAGGCAGACGAGGAGGAAGAGGAUGUCGGAGACGCUGCGGAAGAAGGCGCCGAAGAGCCGUUGGAAGGGAGUGAGGAGGGUGACGCCGCUGCGGUGGAGGAGGGGGAUGAAGAAGAGGUGGCCAGUGUCAAGUUUCAGCCUCCACGGCGGUCCUUUACGUUGGGCAACAAGGCGUUCUGGCAUUCGACGGGGCGUCACAACGGCAGGAAGCUACUGAAGGCGGUGCCCCGUCAGGUCACGUCCAUACUGCAGGCGGACAGACUCUGGAAACAGUUUGGCUUCACAGGCAAAGGCGUCAAGGUGGCCAUCUUCGACACGGGCCUGAAGAAGGGCCACCCUCACUUCCGCCGUGUCAAGGAGCGCACCAACUGGACCUCAGAGCGUACCCUGGACGACGCCGUCGGGCACGGCACCUUCGUGACGGGCGUGAUCGCCAGCCAGGCCGACUGUCUGGGCUUCGCGCCCGACGCCGAGCUGCACAUCUUCCGCAUCUUCACCAAGAAGCAGUCGUCGUUCACCUCGUGGUUUUUGGACGCGUUCAACUACGCCAUCCUGAAGAAGGUGCACAUCCUGAACCUGAGUAUCGGCGGGCCCGACUUCACCGACCAGCCGUUCGUGGACAAGGUGUGGGAGAUCACCGCUAACGGCAUCAUCAUGGUCUCGGCCAUAGGAAACGACGGACCGCUCUACGGAACACUGAACAAUCCGGCCGAUCAGCUGGACGUUAUAGGUGUGGGCGGUAUCAAUUUCGAGGACCAGAUCGCACGGUUCUCAUCGCGAGGAAUGACCACAUGGGAGCUGCCUGCCGGCUAUGGACGGGUGAAGCCGGACCUGGUGACGUAUGGCUCAGCGGUGCGCGGAAGCAACGUCGGGGGCGGCUGCAAGACGCUCAGCGGCACCAGCGUCGCCUCUCCGGUGGUGGCGGGUGCCGUGGCGCUGCUCAUGUCCGCCGUGCUCCACCGCGGCUCCGUCAUCAACCCGGCCAGCGUCAAACAGGCUCUGAUGGCGUCGGCACGCCGGCUGCCCGGCGUCAGCAUGUACGAACAGGGCGCCGGCAAGCUGGAUCUCAUCAAGGCCCACCACGUGCUGUCGCGCUAUAAGCCCCAGGCCAGCCUCAGUCCCAGUUAUAUCGACCUGACUGAAUGUCACUACAUGUGGCCGUUCUGCACCCAGCCCCUGUAUCACACGGGCAUGCCCAUCAUCGUCAACGUUACCAUACUCAACGGUAUGGGCGUCUCUGGCCGCAUCAUCGAGGGCCCCACGUGGUACCCGUACCCGCGCCAGUACGGCCACCUGCUGCAGAUGUCGUUCAGCCACUCUGAGGUCAUCUGGCCGUGGUCGGGCUUCCUGGCCGUGUCGAUAGCGGUGACAGAGGAGGGCGCCUCGUGGGACGGCCAGGUGCAGGGCCACGUCGAGCUGACCAUAGAGUCGCCGCCCGAGGACGGCGACACUGAGCCGCGCCGCUCCACCGUCCGGCUGCCAGUCAAGGCCGUCAUCAUCGCCACGCCGCCCAGGAGCGUGCGCGUGCUCUGGGACCAGUACCACAACCUGCGCUACCCACCGGGCUACUUCCCACGAGAUAUUCUGAACACGGUGCACGACCCGCUGGACUGGCUCGGAGACCACAUCCAUACCAACUUCAGGGACAUGUACCAGUCGCUGCGCGCGCACAACUACUACGUGGAGGUCCUCGGGGAGCCCUUCACGUGUUUUGACGCCAAAAACUACGGCACGCUGCUCAUUGCCGACCCCGAGGAGGAGUACUUUCCGGAAGAGGCUGCGAAGCUGCGCCGCGAUGUGGACGAGGGACUCUCAGUACUCAUUUUCGCCGAGUGGUACAACGUUCCAGUCAUGAAGAAAGUCAAGUUCUUUGACGAGAACACAAAGGAGUGGUGGAUUCCGGACACGGGCGGCGCCAACCUGCCGGCGCUAAACGACCUGCUCGCUGCCUGGGGCAUGGCCUUCAGUGACCAGGUGGUGGAGGGUGAGUACAAGUUCAACGACCACGACCAGUACUACGCGUCGGGCACGACGCUGGCACGGUUCCCGGCCGAGGGCACCGUCAUCCGGCACACACUCAACGAUCAGGUGUCAGAGAUCCUGGAGGGCACGAAGCAGACUGUGCCGGACGCGGCCAUCCUGGGUCUGUAUCAGACCCGCGGCGCGGCCGGGGGCGGGCGCAUCGUGCUCUACGGCGAUUCUAGCUGCAUCGACUCGAACCACAACCAAAAGGAAUGUUUCACGCUACUCUCGGCGCUGCUGCACUUCACGUCGUCUGGUCAGCUGCCGUCCACGCUUCAGCCGGCUACCACGGUGCCUGUACAGCCGGUCCUGGAGCUGCCUGAGCGAGCCGACGGCAGCAAUCUGCACAGGCAUUCGAAGGUGCUGGUGAACGACCUGGACGGCAGGACGCAUCGUCCACUGCCCGCCUGUCUGGAGAGGCUGUGGGCCGUCCCGCAGCCGGUCAACCAAUCCGGGCCCGUCAACCUGUACCAGUCUGCCAAGCUGCUGUCUGUCGGUCUGGAAAGCCCGGUGCUGCCGCUGCACAACGACCAGCGCGACUCACUGGAGGAGGCGCAGACCACGUGGCCGGACCCGCUGGAGGACCUGGACAGUGGUCCGCUGGGCCCGUCGUUCCGACGCCCCCACCUGCCCACCUACGGUCUGGUGGCGCUCCUAAUCGCCUCGGUGUGUGUGCUCUGCUACCUGUACCGUAAGUCGCGCCGGCCGCGCCGCCGGCGCACCAAACAGGCCGUGGUGCAGCAGCAGCAGCAGCGCCGGGCGCUCAGUGCCAACAACGGGCGCGUCCCGGUGGUCUGAGCGGGAGAGUAGGGACGGAGCGACCGGCGGCAGCUCGGCAGCGGUGCCGGCACGGACGCUGGCCCGGUACUGGUGUCGGCUGCGGCGGCUGGGACGGCUUGGCCACCGGGCUCGAGUUGGCUGAGAUCUGGCUCAGCCAAGCUCCGGGCUGGGGAGUCACAACUGGCUCAGCCACCGGGCUCGAGUUGGCUGAGAUCUGGCUCAGCCAAGCUCCGGGCUGGGGAGUCACAACUGGCUCAGCCACCGGGCUCGAGUUGGCUGAGAUCUGGCUCAGCCAAGCUCCGGGCUGGGGAGUCACAACUGGCUCAGCCACCGGGCUCUAGUUGGCUGGGAUCUGGCUCAGCCAACCUCAGAGCUGUGGAGUCACCACUGGAUCAGCCAUCGAGCUCCAUUUGGCUCGAAUCUAUCUCAGCCAUCGGUUUUGACUUGGCUCGGGUCUGGCUCAGCCAAGCUCAGGCUCGGGACUGGGAAGUCAUAAUGGCAUUUCCAGGCAGGAGGAGCGAGGCGCGUGCGUUCAGCGUGAAGCGGUGCAGGGACCGAAGUGGACGCGAACGGACGCCUUUUUCGGGUGCCGCGGAGGUGCUUAUCCCUGUGCUGGCUGGUUUCGUCCUCCGAUAUCAAUGUGAUGUGAUGAAGUGAAGCGAGCGUGUGCUGGUUGAUCAGUGAGUGAAACUGGUGUGAAGUGAUGUGUCUGCUCAUACUGACCACUAUAUCGAUGGCAUUGUUGACUGUUACUGUGAGUGCGAUUAUGACGGAGACUUUCGCUACUGUGUGGCGAUGAUGCGAUUUUGGUGAUUUUAUUUGGGCACGGUGUUACGUUGUCCUGGUGACUGGUGAAGAGUCUCAGGUAGCCGGUCUUCACAUUGUGAUAUUAUUGUUCAACGGGCGAUGUAGCAUUGUAGCUGAUGCGUGCUCACAUGUCUUGUUCUGUGUGUUCCUGUGUGAGGGUUGCGGGGGGUGGUCUUCACUACGUGUAUCGUAACAUCGACACAUCAUCUUGUAUAUCAUCCGUCAUCACGCAG